CCCCGACUCCGUUCUUCAUGGCGUCGCUCCUGUGCUGUGGGCCCAAGCUGGCUGCCUGUGGCAUCGUUCUCAGCGCCUGGGGAGUUAUCAUGUUGAUAAUGCUCGGAAUCUUUUUCAAUGUCCAUUCUGCAGUCCUUAUUGAGGACGUCCCCUUCACGGAGAAAGAUUUUGAGAAUGGCCCCCAGAAUAUAUACAACCUAUACGAGCAAGUGAGCUACAACUGUUUCAUCGCCGCGGGCCUUUAUCUCCUCCUCGGAGGCUUCUCUUUCUGCCAAAUUCGGCUCAAUAAGCGCAAGGAAUACAUGGUGCGCUAAGGCACAGUCCAGUUCCCUCCUCCACUAUUUAAA